AUGCUGAGGACGAUUUCUCGACUGACUACCGCGGUAUCACCAUUACAACUAUGGCUGAAACGUCAGCCAGUGUGCAGCUCGUACCGUGUGGUUGGUUCUUUCGGUGGCCCGUGUAACGAUUUAUCUCGCGUUAUUUCGCGUCGCGCUAAGUUCUCCGUGUUUCGGCUGCGAAACUCUUCGAGAAGAAAAAGUAGUCGGUCGAAAAGAACUGGUGUCAGCACAUGCAGCGAAGCAGACGAAGACGAAAUGGCACCAACGCGUGUUAUUUUUAUGUCGUGUGGUAGUUAUAACCCUCCGACCAAUAUGCACCUGAGAAUGUUUGAAAUCGCUCGAGAUCAUCUCCAUCGAAUGGGAACGCAUAUUGUAGUUGGUGGUGUUAUAUCUCCUGUGCACGAUGCUUAUGCUAAAAAGGAACUGGCAAGCGCGACUCAUAGAUGUGCUAUGUUGAGGUUGGCAUUACAAAACAGUGAUUGGAUUCGAUUAAGCAGUUGGGAGACUAGGCAGAAUGGAUGGACAAAGACUAGAUUAAGUUUGCAGCAUCACCAGAAUUUAUUGAACUCUGUUUUAUUUGACCCGAAUAAUUUAAACCAUAUAUCAAGCGAGGAUUUGGAGUGGAUACCAGAGAAUGUAAAGAAUAGCUCUGACUGUACUCCAAUUCAAAUUAAAUUGUUGUGUGGUGCUGAUUUGUUGGAAAGUUUUGGAACCUAUGAUCUUUGGGCUGAAGAAGAUAUUGAUGCAAUUGUUGGUGAACAUGGACUUGUAGUUAUUACCAGGGAAGGUUCUAAUCCCAACAAGUUUAUCUAUGACUCGGAUAUCCUUUCCAGGCACAUGCACAAUAUAUACAUAGUAACAGAAUGGAUUCCAAACGAAGUUAGCUCAAGUAGAAUACGGAGGGCACUAAAGCGGAGCGAGAGUGUCAGGUAUCUUCUACAAGAUGCUGUGAUCGAUUAUGUCUAUAAACACGGGAUUUACGAUGCGAAGACAUCGGCAUCAACAAUUAAGUUGGAACUGACCUCGCCGAACGCGAAUAAUUACCUGACCAUUGACUCCAAGUACCAAAGCACAUUUCUCACGCCGUCGCCUAGCGACGUAACCAUGGAAUCCCCGAGCCCGAUCGAAAUAAUAUCAAUCGACGUGCCGGACACGGUGCUCCGUAAGAAUAUCCAGAACGCGAGCAGCGCGCUCGCCAGGCACGGGGGCCUCGAGGAGGCCCGCGAGAAGUUCAUAAACGCUCUAGUCGCGGAGAACGGUAACGGCAAGCAUUUAACCACCGCGAAGGCCGCGUACCCAGGUCUCGCGAAACAGAUCAUCGCCACCGAAACCGGCGAGUCGCAGAUCCUCGACGAGGUAGGUUUCGUUGACGAUGAUAGAAUGGUCAGGAAGAAGGUCGUUAGGGUGCAGCCACGGUCGUGUCAGGUAGAGCAAUCAUCUCCGAGCGUCGCCACCUCGUCUAAAACCGAGGAGACCGCGAAAACUAUCCCCAAAUGUUAUGUCGAGCCUGGUGUAGAUAUCUUCGACGAAAUCAAAUGUCAAACGGUACCCGAGGACGACACGGUGGUAUCAACUGUGGACAACGAUCUCGAUCGUAAAUCGUCCAUGUUGUCCUCGGGCGUUCCUGUAUCGGUAGACGACAGCGGCCGUCACGAGUGCGCUCUGUCGGACUUCAGCGUAGACAAAGAAGAUUACAGACUGACGCGAUACGGGUUAGAUACUGCGCUGGAUGACGAGAUCCAGGAACAGAAUGACGAUCCUCGGUUAGAAGAAAGAUCUGGCUCGAAUAAUACUCCGAAGUUGGAACAGGCUGAUCGGAUGGAGAGUAACGAAUUUGGGGAUAAUUUUCCGAACGAUAGCGUGAGAUGUUCCAAUACCCAGGUCCUGGUCCUAGUUAGCGCCAUGAUCCAUAAUCCUUUCGAGAAAGAGACCGCGACAUUGAUCUUGGAAGAGAGCGGGGUUCAAGGGAAAGGAGAGAUUACGAUAUACAAGGGUGAGUCUGACGGGAGUAUCGAUAAGCUUUUGCUGGUACAAUCACCUGUGCCAUCGUCGGUGAGCGACGAGAGUACGGUUAAGAUCCAAGAGAUAGUCGAUGAUCCACCGGAGACCGUGAAAUCCGUAUCGGGCAGCUCGUUGGUAAUGGACGAAAUGUCCAACAAGCGGGACGUGAACCUUGAGAUUGAUGGUAAGUAUUUGAAGUCCGUAGUGAACUCCCGCAAAAGUCCCCGGAAGACCAAGAACGGUCAGAUGCUGCGAGUUCACAGCGAGACAGAGGAGAGCAAAGUUAAAGAUGAUAGUAAAACCGAAAAGAAAAGCACCGAUUCGUAUACGCAAUCCGAGGAAACUUUCUAUAAAACGUUGUCAAAGUCUUCUUCGAAGGUUUCAUCGUCGAGAACAAAGAGUCCCAGGAAGGAUGGGAAGUCCUCUCGAUCACAGAAAUCAAGCAGCGUUUCGAAAGCCCACGAGUCCACGAUCAGCGACGACAGAUUGAGCAAGGAUCGAUCGAUGAGCCAAUAUUACACGCCGAUGAAAGGAAGCCUGGACUCUGUGAUCGCCAGCAGUGAUUCCAGAACAAUGUCCAGGCGACGAUCCAGGGCUGAGGAGUCGUUCACGAAGAAAUCCAAGAGCUGCGAGUCGAUCAAAAAGAUCCAGGAGGUCUGCUACGAAGACUCGUCCAAGGCUGACAGCACGUCCCAAUUGAUCACUGCGAACGAUCUGGACAUGCAAACGGACGAAUUCUGUUCGGUUUGCUGUUACGCGAACGAAAUGUCCAUGGGCACGGAAGAAUGUGUCGUCAGUCCGAGUCAGGAGAAUUUCUAUACUCUGCGUUCCAAUUGCAGUUCCAUCGGGGACGAGGACUCGACCGAGUGCGACAUCUGUAGUUCCUGGAACCUACAAGAAUCGACCGACGGUUUGGACCGAAGGAUCCCAGGGAACAAUUACGAUCAGCUCUGCGAGGUCUGCGAGAUCUGCGGCGAGACCACUUUCGACUCUGACCAGGAAAUCUUCACCGGGAGAGAUCCCAGAGAUCACAGUCGAAUACUCGAGUCUUCCACGAGAAGUCUUCCGAAGAAUAAUCCCAGAAUCACUGAUAUCACGGUUGCCGAUCCGCAUGUGGACGAGGAUAGCUUCGAAAUCGAGAACUGUGGCCUCCCAAGUGGACCUAAUUCGACGAAGACACUGGAUCGAGGCGGUGAGAAACAUUUGUCGUCUUUCAGUUUAUCAGAUACAGCUGGGAUCAAGAACGCAAGGGACAACUACUUCAUCCCCAAGGACGAGAUCGAGAUUCUGUCCAGUGGAUCCAGACGAAUCGGCCGCAAGGCCUCUCUGAUCAGGAAGAAGUCCACUGAUCCAGGGAACGCUGCCCAAGACAAAAGGCGUUAUUCGUCGGUGGACAAUCUUCAGCUGGCCAAAGUCUCCUCAAGAAACAACGACAAGGUUCUCAGGCCCAAGAACAGUAAGCUGAUCGGUUCCGCGGAUAACAUACGGGCGCAGAAAAGCUCCAGAAGAUGCAAAUCGUUGCAGAGGUCCGCGGACAAUAUUAGAUACGUGGACUCGUCGAUGGACAAUCUGGACUCACUGGUCGAAGGGCUGGAUAGAGAGGACGACAUCCAGGAGACCGUCGAUUGGACCGUGAAACCGAGGAUCAGGGACAACGAAACGGUGAAGAUGAUACUGACGAAACACGGUAUUAAGAUAAUCAGCGAGAAGGAGACCGCUCUGUAA